AUGACUUCGGCCACGGUGCUCUGCCAGAGCUCCAAUUGUCCACAUGGGAACCCACCAUCACGGCUUGAAUGCCCCACGUGCAAUAAGCUGGGUAUCCGUGGUUCCUUUUUCUGCGGACAGGAAUGCUUCAAAGGCAACUGGAAAACCCAUAAAAUCAUCCACGAUCUUGCACGUUCCCCGGCCACUGCGGCUAACCCAUCACAAGACGGCACUUUCCAUCCUUUCCCGAACUUCGAUUAUGCGGGCACUCUAAGACCCGUAUACCCCCUCUCUCCAAAGCGUGAAGUUCCAGAACAUAUUCCAUGUCCUGACCACGCAACACACGAAGAUGGAGUGCCGAUUGCAGAGAUGAAGCGAGCAGGUCAGCCUCCCCGUCUAUUAAACUCGGAGGAAAUUGAGAAGAUGAAAUUUGCGUGCAGGCUUGGUCGAGAAGUGUUGGAUAUUGCAGCGGCAAUGGUACGGCCAGGUGUGACCACUGAUGAAAUAGAUGCUGUCGUUCACCAAGCUACGAUCGACCGUAACGCAUACCCGUCACCCUUGAACUAUCGUAAUUUCCCGAAAUCCGUCUGCACCUCCAUCAAUGAAGCCAUAUGUCAUGGCAUCCCUGAUCGCAGGAAAUUGCAAGAAGGUGACAUCAUCAACCUCGAUAUAUCACUCUACUACAACGGCUUUCAUGCCGACUUGAAUGCCACAUACCCCGUCGGUGACAUAGACGAAGACUCUAAGAAAUUGAUUCGAACCACUCGACAAUGUCUUGAUGAAGCGAUUAAGAUAUGCAAACCGGGUGCAUUGUUCCGUGACAUCGGCAAAGUUAUCGAGCCAAUUGCACGUGCCAACGGAUGUGCUGUCGUACGGACGUACACAGGUCACGGCAUUAACGACUUAUUCCACACGGCUCCUAACAUUCCACACUACGCAAAGAACAAAGCAAUCGGUACCAUGAAACCGGGAAUGUGCUUUACAAUAGAGCCGAUGAUCAACUUGGGUUCCAAUUGGGACACAUAUCACUGGCCCGAUAAUUGGACUGCUACCACGGUGGAUGGGAAACGGAGCGCUCAAUUUGAGGAAACCUUACUUAUCACAGAGACUGGUGUAGAAGUUUUGACUGCGGGGAGCACGGAUCUGUAG